UAUUGAAACCACUAAACAUUCCAUAUUAAAAAAAUUGUUGGUGUAAAUUUUUGUUACACAAAUAUGUAAAUAAUCAUAAAACCAUAUGAGUAGAAACCUCAUUUAAUAAAUAUCCAUAUUGAAAGUAUACUAUAUAUAUAUAUGGUAAUAUCAUUUAAAUUUAAUUAUAUAUCAUAUAUGAUAGUUAAAAUUGAUUGUUUUGAUUUAUUUACCCUAAAAUGAUUGCGAGUAAACAAGAUCGGUCGUUUGAUUUAUAUGUGCAUGCCAAUUUAUUAUACAAUAGUAACUGAUUUCUUAGUUAUUUAAAAUAUAAUUUUUAUUUUAUAAUAUGCAAAAAAACAUAAAAUAAGUAAUAAAUAUAAAAUAUUUAUUUGUUCUGCACAAGACGCGGAUCUUUACCUAAGUAUAUAUCUCUUUAAUAAUUUUAAAUCUUAAAUCUCAAGCCAAAACAAAAUAACGAAAUGAGAAUAAACUCAAAAAUCAAUAUUUAUAUCGAGCAAUAACCAAAAUGAAAAAAAAAUAACACAAAAAUGAGAUGAAUAUUGAAGAUAGAUAGGAUUGGCACGUGAACGUAAACUUCUCAUAACCAUAAUUAACUUUUAAAUUGCUAAAUCAUGAUAUAAAACUGAGUUGGCAUAGUUUCAUUGUAACCAAAUAGUAGGCUUGAGAUUGUUCGGCCUAAACAUUAGGUUUUUAUGCGAUAAAUAAUUUUUUGAUCUAAAAUAUUUUUAAAAAUGAGAUCAGCUCAUCAGUAAACAAAUUAUGUAAUUAAAAAAAGUUUUUUAAAAAAUAUUUAAGGGCCAAAAAUAUUAAUUUGAUCAAGUAAUAUAAAUUUUAUUUUUCCAUACAAUAUUUCAUAAAUAAUUUUCAUAUAAAUUCACCAUGCGCCUUCCGCAGGUCUUAUCCUAGUUUUAAAAAUAAAGUAUUAAAAAUUAGGACACUUCAAUUAUUUGGAUGGACUGGUCAGCUCUAUAUCUCAGAAUAUACAUACUUGGCAAUUAUCAUGAAAUCCAUCGCCGUUUUUUCUUGUCGGCUCCCAUCGCCGUUACGUGGUUACUCAUUGUAUAAUCUGUGACCAAUUAGAUAUUAUGGUAAAAAAAAGUUUAGAUCAAUCAAAACAUUCAAAAUAUUCCAAGAAAUAAAACAAAAGGAAAGAGUUGACAAAAAAAAAGGAAAAGAAACAGCUAAAAAGGAAAUCAAACCUAUCCACAAAACAAAUUAAACAUAUCUUUUGCGAAAAAGGAAAUUAGUGAACAACUCAGUUAGCUUUCUGUUAUAAAUAAGAAAGAGCUCUGAAGCAACACAAUUCAUUCGAUAUCUUGUUUUGUUUCUCAAGUCAAACCAAAACACAACUCACAGAAAAGCUUGAAAGAGUUUGAAUUCCAAAACCCUAAUAAUUUACAAAGUAUGUCGAACAAGACGAUUAUCAGAGAAGACAACAACGAAGCUUUGCAUGUUGUUGUUGUUAACGAACCAUCUUCACUAGAGUUCGUCUCUUUUCUUGGCAAAGGUGGUUUCGGCUCCGUCGCUCUCAUGAGAGAUUCCAAAUACCAAUUAUACGCUGAGAAAUCAUCUCCAAUGGAUUUCAUCAAAAGUCUCGAGAAAGAGCAUAGGAUCAUGCUUCGUUUCCGCAACCAUCCACGCAUAGUCCAAACAACGAGCCCUAAUCUUCACAUAGGGUUCAAUCGCAACCGUUGCUACAUCAACAUGGAGUUCGCCUCCAAAGGUACUCUCCACAACGUCAUCUCCCAGCAGUUCCGUGGUAGACCCAUGCCGGAGUUCAUGGUCGGACGUGCGGCUCUUAUGAUCUUACAAGGACUUGAAGCGCUUCACUCCCGAGGCUACGUUCACUGUGAUCUCAAGCCCGCCAACGUUCUCCUCUUCCCUUCCAAGACCUUCGGAGAGCCGUGGGAUCUCAAGCUUGCUGAUUUUGGUUUAUCCAAGGAACCGGGUUCGGAUUCGAGGUCUUCUUUGUCUGGUGGUACGCCGCAGUACAUGCCCCCUGAGUCUUUGGGACCCAGCGGAGUGAAGAUGGUGGGACCUGCCGUUGAUAUGUGGUCUCUAGGGUGUGUUGUAGUUGAGAUGUUUGGUGGCUGGCCUGAGAAGAGGCGAGGUUGCUACGCGUGGAGGCUUCCCGGACUUGUGUCUCCCGUGGCUAAUGACUUCUUGAGAAGGUGCAUGGCGUCGCAGCCCUCACGCAGGUCCACCGCAGCUGAUCUGUUGAAACAUCCUUUUGUUGCGCUGCAAAGAAGACCCAUGAUGAUGACGAUGGCUCCACCACGGCCAGAUCAGAUGCUUCAGUAUUGUCCUCCGGUUAGAAGACAAAUAGGACCAGUGAUGAUGAUGAUGAUGGCUCCACCAAGACCUGGAGAUUUGAUCUGCUGAGAUCAAUCGAAAGUAGGAAAAAGAGAGGAGUUUGCGAUCAAAGGCAGCUAUUAAGGUUUCCGGUGUUAAAGAGUCGUGUAUAGGUUUCAGUUGAGUCCGUGUCUUAAUUUCGGUUGGUCAUGUUUUGGUACUUGCGUGCUAAGUUUCAGACUUUCGUUUUUUUAGGUUGACGGUCUGAUAUUAUUUGUAAAUGCAUCUUACGUCUUUUAAAUCAGAGAUUAUUCAAAGUGUUUGAUUCUUUGAUAUCUUCUAGUAUUGCACUACUCAAACAAAAAUAUCGUCACACUUUCAACAAGAUGUAACUCAGAACUAGUAAAGUUUGUGUGUGAUUUUUACAAGAGCAAGCAAGCAUCAUUCUUACAUUAUUUUAGAGAUAACAACAACGCAACACAUUAGAAAAGGAAAAAAACAAUAGGUUUUGAGAUAUACAGCUGCUUCAACUUAGAAAACGUAUAGUGUUCAAAGAUUGAAUCUUCA